CGCGCCCCGUGCCCCCUCGUGGCGCCGCCGCCGACGCUGUCACUUUCAUCUCCGUCAAGGCGAGCGGCGCGGAGAUAAAAUUAGCGCAGCGCGCGGCUUGCAAUGCCCGGCUCACACCAACCCGCAGCACGCGCGCUCCGCACACCCCGCGCACACUGCAGGCGCUGCACACGCGGCGAGGAGGAGGAGGAGCGGCGCUGGUGCUAACGAUGCCGAAUAAACCCCGCGCGACGCAAUGAAGAAGUCUUGGCGAGGAGUCCGUGCCCUCCUCGCCCGGCUCGCGAUGCUGCGCUCGGGGCUCGCGGAGUGGCACCUGGGACCCACAUAGCGGGCACUGCGCUCCGGCGCGGAGAGGAGCACGCGACGAGGAGAGAAAGAAUCGAGGAGUGAGAGGAGGAGGCAGAGUCGUGGGGGGUCGCGCCGCAGCGCGGCUCCCGGGGAGGCGAUGCCGCGGCAAGGCGAGGGGGCUGCGUGAUGAGCCGCGGGCACGGGCGGCGCGCCGGGCUCUCAGCACUCUCGGGCCCGCGCUGAGGCGAGCGGCACGGGGUGAAGAUGGGGGAAUGGACCAUCCUCGAGAGACUGCUGGAGGCUGCCGUGCAGCAGCAUUCCACCAUGAUCGGCAGGAUCCUCUUGACAGUCGUGGUUAUUUUCCGGAUCCUGAUAGUGGCUAUUGUGGGAGAGACCGUCUACGAAGACGAGCAGACGAUGUUUGUAUGUAACACCCUCCAGCCGGGGUGCAACCAGGCGUGCUACGACAAGGCGUUUCCCAUCUCGCACAUCCGCUACUGGGUCUUCCAGAUCAUCAUGGUGUGCACGCCCAGCCUCUGCUUCAUCACCUACUCGCUCCACCACUCGGCCAAGGCGAGGGAGCGGCGCUCCUCCGUGCUGCACGCGCUGCUGCUGCAGGACAAGGAGAUCCUGCACGACCUCUCGCCCGAGAAGCGAGACGACAGCAAGAAGACCAAGAACUCCAUGCUGAACGGCAUCCUGCUGCAAAACACCGAGAACUCGUCCCGCGAGCCGGAGGGCCACGAGGUGAAGGAGAUCAUGCACCCGACGCCACUGAUGCGGACGAGCAAGCUCAGGGGCCGCAGGCAGGACGGCAUCUCCCGUUUCUACAUCAUCCAAGUGGUGUUCCGCAACGCGCUCGAGAUCGGCUUCCUCACGGGGCAGUACUUCCUCUACGGCUUCAACGUGCCGCCCAUGUUCGAGUGCGACAGAUACCCGUGCAUCAAGGAAGUGGAGUGCUACGUGUCGAGGCCCACCGAGAAGACCGUGUUCCUCGUCUUCAUGUUCGCCGUGAGCGGCCUCUGCGUCGUCCUCAACCUGGCCGAGCUCAACCACCUGGGCUGGCGCAAGAUCAAGCAGGCGGUGCAGGGGGUGCAAGCGCGGCGCAAGUCCAUCGGCGAGAUCCGCUCGCAGGGCGGCCCCGUCGGGUUCGGCCGCACGCACUCCAGCGAGUCGGCCUACGUGUGAUGGCCCGCACAGGCCCGCGACCGCUGCCCGCGUGGGGACCCCGCGGGCCCUCGUGGGGCCGGACCGGGCAGCCCCCCCACCCCCCACCGGAACGCGCUACCCGCCACUUGCAGUGAGGAGGGAGCGACGCCUGCCUCUCGGGACGAGUCAUUCUCACGGUGACGAUGUCCACCGCAUCGUUGUCGUCACAAUAAUAAUGAUAACGCCGGCAUCAACGUGGCCCGGCACGGCUUGAGCUGCGUGGCGCGCGUACAACGAGACCGGGGCCCGUGGGGUCGCCGCUGUUUACAUCUCGUGCCGCUGUGGCCGCGCGAGUCGCAUGGUGCGUGUGUGUACUGUAUGUGUACUGUACGUGUACUGUGUGUGUACUGUGUGUGUACUGUAUGUGUACUGUUCUCUAUAUGCAAGCAUCGCCACGGGGCGCGGCGACGCCUCCCCUGGCGUCCGCACGUGUCGCGACCCGACCGCGUUUUUAAACUCGACCAUAUUUAAGGAACGCGAUUGUUGACUUGAACUAUACUUAAUCUAUGCGCAGCGACGUGCUUAUACAUAUAUACGGCUCGCGAUUUCCUAGGUCUAAUCCUAGGUCUUUCCAAAAACGCCACAUGAAAGCCCGAUAUAAAAGCCAUAACCGCGGCGGCGCCGAGUUGGCUCCGAGCGGGCACCGAGCGGGCACGGCCAGUGCCCCCCUCCCCUUCACGCCGGCUCUGCGUGCGCAAGUGCCGGCGUGAAGGGAGGGGACCCCCAGGGUAGGGCUGCCCUGUUGGUGAUGCGGCGCUGGUGCACUGCGCUGGUGCACUGCGCUGGUGCACUGCGCUGGUGCACUGCGCUGGUGCACUGCGCUGGUGCACUGCGCUGGUGCGCUGCGCGUCUCGCGGGGUCGGCGCUCGUCAGGCCGCGCGUUCCGCGUACCCGCGCCACGAGGACCACGGAGCGGCGUUGCAGGGGGGGAAGGAGACCGCGUCGAGAUCA